AGAAUGAGUGACGCAUCUGACACCUUCCCCACGCCCGGCGGCCAGCUGGGGGGCCAGGGCCUCAGAACCCAGAGCGUCCACACCCAGCUGAUGGAGGCCAUGCUGCACUUGAAGCAGACCAUAGAGGAGCACCUCAGGCAGCAGACCCAGAGGUGUGGGCAGCAGGAGCUGGCGCUGGAAGAGCAGGGGCACAGCCAGGCUGCCCCAGAGCAGGAAGCCCUCCUGAGCCAGUUGAUGUGUCAGGUGGUCAGCCUCCUCCAGUCUGGGGCCCCAGGUCUGCCCAGCUCACCCCUGGACUCUGGGGGUGACAUCAGCGCUGAGCAGCAGGUCCCGGACCAAGCCGUCCACCAACUGAGUGAUUUGGAAGCUGCAUUUGUGACCUGUUGUCUUUCCAACCGGGGGAUCGACAUCUCCACGUUGUCUAGCUCCAGCUUGCAGGACUUCAGGGCCUACCUAGAAGACAAAUACCACAAGCACAGGAACCCUUUGGGCUUCAUUAACCUUGGUAUCAGCGAGAACAAACUCUGCAUUGAUCUGAUGAUGGAAAGGUUGAGUCGGAAGGACAUGAACUACAUUGAGGAAUCCCUGCUGCAGUAUUCUGAUUUGAGGGGGCAGCCUUUCCUGCGGAAGGAGGUGGCCCGGUUCCUGACCUAUUACUGCAAGACGCCCAGCCAGCUGGAGCCAGAAAAUGUGGUGGUGCUAAAUGGUUGCUGUGCCGUCUUCUCUGCGCUGUCCAUGGUUCUGUGCGAUCCAGGGGAGGCCUUUCUGACCCCCACGCCUUUCUAUGGUGGCUUCGUCCUUACCUCCAGCCUGUAUUCCAAAGUCGAGCUGAUUCCUGCGCACCUGGACAGUGAGGUCAUGGAUGGGAAGACGCCUCCAUUCCAGCUCACUGUGGGCAAGUUGGAGCAAGCUCUGCUGGAGGCUCAGCUCAAAGGAAAAAAGGUCAGAGGCCUUCUGCUCAUCAACCCUCAGAAUCCCCUGGGUGAUGUCUACUCUCCAGACUCACUGAAAGAAUACCUGGAAUUUGCCAAAAGGUACAACCUACAUGUGAUUAUCGAUGAGAUUUACAUGCUCUCUGUCUUUGAUGAAUCCACCACAUUCCACAGUGUUCUGAGCAUCAAAAGUUUGCCUGACCCUGACAGGACCCACAUGAUCUGGGGCACCAGUAAGGACUUCGGCAUCUCCGGCUUCCGCUUCGGCGUGCUGUACACCCACAACAAGGAGGUGGCCUCUGCCGUGAGCUCCUUCGGCUACCUUCACAGCCUCUCUGGCAUCACCCAGUACAAGUUGUGCCGGCUGCUCCAGGACAGAGAAUGGAUUGACAAAGUGUACCUGCCCACAAACCGCUCCCGGCUAAGGACAUCUCACAGGUAUGUCACCAACAAGUUGCAAGCACUGAAGAUUCCCUUUCUUAAGCGUGGCUCUGGCCUCUAUGUCUGGAUCAGCUUGAAAAAGUACCUGAAUCCGUGCACUUUCGAGGAAGAGUUGCUCCUUCACCGCCGCUUCCUGGACAACAAGUUGAUACUGUCCCGUGGCAAAUCUUACCUGUGUAAGGAGCCUGGCUGGUUCCGCCUCAACUUUGCAGAGAGGCACCUCCAGCUUGCGAUGCGCAGGUUCUGCCAGACGCUGGAGGAGCAGAAGCAGAGCCAGGUGGAGAAACUCCUGGAGGAUGCCCUGAGGGAGUAAGCCCUGAGGGAGUAAGCCCUGAGGGAGUAAGCCCUGAGGGAGUAAGCCCUGAGGGAGUAAGCCCUGAGGGAGUAAGCCCUGAGGGAGUAAGCCGUGGGCUUCCCAGCAGCUGCGCCAGCCAGUCACGCGCUCAAGGGAGCCCCUACAUCGAUCUUGGGGGGCUGCUGGGUCUAGACCUGGCGCUGACUGAGCCAACAAUGGGCUCCUCUAGAAGGGGUCACCUGACCCAGUCAUCAACCUCGUUAAGCUGACUUCUGUCCUUUGUAGAGGCUUUUGCAUCUUUUUAGUCCU